GCGGAGCGGGGAGCGGAGGCUGAGCCGGGGCCGGAGGCUCGCCUCGGGGCCGGAGGCCGGGAGGCUGCGGAGCGCAGGCAGCAGAGGCGGGGAGGAGGAGGAGGAGGAGGAGGAGGAGGAGGAGGAGGGCAGCGCCAUGACUCAUUUGCAGGCAGGUCUCUCCCCCGAGACCCUGGAGAAAGCCCGGCUGGAGCUGAACGAGAACCCCGACACCUUGCACCAGGACAUCCAGGAGGUGCGGGACAUGGUCAUCACCCGGCCGGACAUCGGCUUCCUCCGCACCGACGAUGCCUUCAUCCUGCGGUUCCUGCGGGCCAGGAAGUUUCAGCACUUCGAGGCGUUUCGCCUCCUGGCCCAGUACUUUGAAUAUCGCCAGCAGAACCUGGACAUGUUCAAGAGCUUCAAGGCCACAGACCCGGGCAUCAAGCAGGCGCUGAAGGACGGCUUCCCCGGCGGGCUGGCCAACCUGGACCACUACGGCAGGAAGAUCCUCGUCCUUUUUGCUGCCAACUGGGACCAGAGCAGGUACACGCUGGUGGAUAUUUUGCGUGCCAUACUUCUUUCUUUAGAAGCCAUGAUAGAAGACCCCGAGCUGCAAGUGAAUGGGUUUGUUUUGAUUAUAGACUGGAGCAACUUCACCUUCAAGCAGGCCUCCAAGCUCACACCAAGCAUGCUUAGAUUAGCCAUAGAAGGCCUUCAGGACAGUUUUCCAGCUCGUUUUGGAGGAAUACAUUUUGUCAAUCAACCGUGGUAUAUCCAUGCCCUCUACACAGUUAUACGGCCCUUUUUAAAGGAGAAGACACGAAAAAGGAUAUUCCUGCAUGGUAAUAACCUCAACAGUCUACAUCAGCUAAUACAUCCUGAGAUCCUGCCUUCAGAGUUUGGAGGAAUGUUGCCCCCCUAUGAUAUGGGGACGUGGGCAAGAACACUGCUAGACCAUGAAUAUGAUGAUGACAGUGAAUGCAAUGUGGACUCCUUCAAUGCUCCCCCAAAAGAUAUAGAAAAGGAUCUCUCUCCCAAGUCCAUGAAAAGGUCUCAAUCGGUGGUGGAUCCUGGGGUGCUAAAACGCAUGGAUAAGAAUGAGGAAGAAAACAUGCAGCCUUUGCUUUCCCUUGACUAACAGUUCCUGAGCAUCGGGCAUGAACUGAGGUGGAAAGCAUUGCCUCUCAGCAACAAGCAAACCAUCAGGAAGGAGUGUACCAGCUGGAAUCCUUUACUCACAUUAAUGUAGCAUAAUGGAAAUGGGCAGAAAGCUUUACUAUUCUGCCUGAAUUCUGGAUGCCCUGGGGUGAAAAAGAAGAGAAGAAAGAAGGAAAGUAAAAUAAAAAAAAUGAAAUAAAAUAAUUUAAAAAAUGAAUCAAUAAUUUUUUCUGUAAGUGCCAACUUGUUUGUAAAUACGAUAUAAUCCUCCACUUUGACUUUGUAAGUUAUGGUAAGCAAAUGCUAUGGAAAUAAAUGACUAUUAAUUAUAUCAUUGAAGUGCACCAUACAAAAGAGAAGAAAAUGUGUGCACACAUGCGUGUACACAAAUAGAGACACAUACUGGACGAGGAAAAAUAUCAAAGCCAAUUAAAUGUUAUCCUUCUUGUAGGAAGCCAUACUGCAGCUAACAUAUUGACUGCUGUUUUGUUCUCUCUCUGCAAUGCUCAUGUAGUGUGCAAAGAUAAAGAGGGAAUAUAAGAACUUGGAGAUGCUGUAACCAGUCGAGUAUUUCCUCAAUGUAGGAAUUUAUUUCCAACUAACAUUGUGGCUUAGGAUUGUGAUUUAACAUAAACCAUGUAGCAUUGUGAAAAAGAUAACAGAUGAGCUGGAACCAACUCUUUGACAGCUUUGUUGUUUGGCUAUAUGAGUCUGUGAGGUUUUUUUCCUUAACUAUUUUGUUUACAGUUUGCAAGUAACUUGGCUUGUUACCCUAAUCUAGGUGUUAUAACAUGGGCCAUAAUGGAGUUACUUCUCUUGCAUUUUGGAUGCAUGUCAAGAAUUUUUCCAGAACUCUGUUCUCCCUUGGAAUGAGAAAGUACAGUGUAAGAACCAGUAUCUGAAAGUAAAGCUUGACAGCAGAGGUUAAAGUUAAUCACUGAAUCCUGUGCACUGGGAGACUUGGAUACAUAUAUAUAUAUAUAUAUUUUUGCCAAUCUCUGACAAACUUAUAAGGUUACAUUGUUAGACAAGUAUGUUUCACUGAAGAUUUAUACAGGAAAUCAUACCUAUUCAAUGUACUUAGAUAUGCUAUAGAUUGUAUAUUGAGAUGAUGUCAUGAAUAAUAUGAUACAACUUUCCAUAGAGCAAUGGCAUUCCACUCCAAACAAUAUGAAUAAGUUGUAGUCAAACAUCUCAGCCUAUGUUUCUGGGGCACUUUUGUUUUGGUUAUAGUGUAAAUGUAUAUAUUGAACAUGUGCCAUAAUAGAAAAAUACAUCUUACCUCAAAAAGGCAACAGGUUUUGCUAGGAAUUAAGUCAGCUGAAAUGCAGGGGCUGUGUCACCUUUUUUGUGUGCUGAUGUGUAUGCAAUCUAUUGUAUACUGAGACAAGAAUACAUCCAUUAAAAUAGCCAUGCAUUUCUUAUUAGGACUUAGCUUUGGAAUCAGAAUGAGAAGGCACAGGAUACUCACCAAAACAUCUGAAUAAUUAGAGUUAUUGCAACAGCAUAAUCUGGACAAUGCAGGGACUAGUUGAGAAUACUCUCAACAGCUGACCACAAUGGAGGAAAUAGCUCAUAGCUACCCUGCCUCAGAAACUCUGUGAUUUAAACAGUUUCUUCCAUUACUUCAGUGAUCAUUGAAGUUUCAAAGUUGCUGGUUGUAGGUCACUUUUCCUUCCCAGGGUGAUUGCAGAUGUAAGAAUAAGUAGGCUGUAAAGAGUUAAGAGAGUGCAGAGAAUGAAAUCUUGGAAAUGUGUCAUCCCAGGAUUUAGAUGUAACUCCUAUGGUGGCAACUUUGGUGUUCCUCAGUGCUGAGACAAGCCAAUCUCUUCCAGCAUUAACCUUGAUUAGCUCAGGCAGCAUGCAGAUAAAGCUCUUGUCCUUGAAACAUUGCUAAGUAGAGUAUGCCCCAACAUGCAAUCAUAUUACAGAAUCUUGUCUAACUAGUCAUCACCUUUCCACUCUCUUAUUUCUGUUUCAUGAUACAUGUUAUGAAAUGCAAAAGGAAAAGAUAUGUAGCCUGAACUUGAGAAGUGUUUGUCAGAGGCAAUUCCAGAAAGUGUACAUGGGAACUGUAGGUGCCUACAUCUUUGCAGUUCAUCCUACAAGUUUUCAGUAGUAAAAACUUUUGUAUUAGUACUUCUGUGCUUUGAGGGGCUUGAAAGACCAAUGAUUUCUUAACAGCAAUUUUAUUCAGUUCUGUCUUUCAUGAAUCUUGUAACAUCAUGCUGUAUAGGUAAGAUAUAUCUCUAGGGUUUAUGUAAGUGCCAUAGUUGAACGCAUGUUAUACAUACCCAUGUUUAUGGCUAGUAGAAUUGUGUAUUGCCAUAGAUCUGAUUCUUAAAUCCUUGUCAGAUAAAACUGUAACAUCAAUAGAAAUUUUCUCCUUUAAGGGCUUCAAGAUUUAGUGUUCCACAUUUAUGCAAACUGUGCCAGUGGUGAUCAAAGUCUUCAUGGAUGCUUUUGUAUACAUGAGCCAAACCUUGGUGUAUGCCAGCACAAUGCUGAUUGCAGAGUACACCAGCUGUCUGGUCAGAAAAUGCAAAUGCCUCUUAAAUCCUUACAGAGUAUCUUUGUAGGAAAAUAUAUCUGCUCAAUUGUAUGAAGCUUCUGCACACCAACUGAUAAAUUUGUUUUGUUUGUGAAUCCUUUAUUUAUGCACUUAGCUGUAAUUUAUGUAAUGUUUUCUGGUGCCUGAGUUCAGCUUGCGGUUAAUGAGUAUUAAUAUAUUAUUUUCAGAUAGCGAAAGUAGGAUAUACUAGAAAUUUGCUUAAUUGGGUCCUUAUCUUUCACCAAGAACAAAAGUACUUUUUCAGUAAGAUCCUCACUGUUAAAGAGUUGGGAUACAGGUCUUCUUGGCUGCAGUUUUCAUUUCACUGAAACAAAUUUUUGCAGUGGUAACUGCAGUUGUGAUAUUGGAUAAGAAUCUGAAAAUGGGUAAGAAAAAUAAUUAUCCUUCACAUGCUCUCAGUAUUCUUUGAAGGCAUUUCUCUUUUACUCAUUAGAGUACAUAAAGGGUUUCCUCCUUUCCCUUGCUUCUUGUAGAAAAUCGUUAUAGGUAGGUCAAUUUUUAAUAGCUGAAAUUUGGACUGAAAACUUUUUCCAAUCUUUAUUACCGUAGGAGUUGAUGUUGAAUUUUAUAGCAGAAUUGAAUUGCUAAAAAUAGAAUUCAGAUGCUUGGGAGGGUCAUUUUUAUUUCUUACCUUCAAUGUAUAUUGGGUAGAAUAAAUCAUGUUGUGCUUAUGCAUGCUGAUAUGCAUAUCAAAAGAAAAAAUAAAUCCUGCAAUAUGAGGAACUUAGUGGAAAGACUUGAUAUACCUGUCCAAGCAGCCAAGUAAAAUAAAUAAAUAAAUAAGCAAACAAAUAAAUAAAUAAAGUAGAAGAAAAGUGUAAAAUAAUUUUAUGCCUUUGGCAAGAUCCCAAAAUGUUCACCUAAACAGUAUCUCUUCCAUGAAAGACUUGGAUGGAAAUAUAUGGAGAAGUUAUGGAAACUUUCAUGCUCAAAGACUUGAUCUUGUAAUUGCAGAUGUACAACUCUGUUGGCUUUAUAAAGACAGGUAAUCAGUCCCCCUAAGCUCCAAAACAUGCAGGCUCCCAAUAGUUAUUAAAUGUAACAUAGCUUUAAGAUGUCUUUACAGAAAUGUAAAUUUAUUGUAUAGCAUAUUUAAAAAUAUGUUUUGCACUCUGCAAACAUACUAUGCCUAGACACAAAGGAUAUUUACAGAGGUGUACAUAAGGAAAACACAGAAUUAAAGAAAACAGAAGUAGAAGGGACCUCAAGGAGUCAGCUGCAUUGAUGUGUGGAAGAGCAGUUUAGCUUCAGUUAUGUCUCUCUUAAGAAAUUGUUUUUAUUCAGUACGUUGCAUAGGAUGUUCUUUGUAUCAUUUAAACAAAUCACAGCAAAGCCUAAGCACAAUACCUGAUAAAAUUGUAAAUUGAGAGUAUUUUGUUAAUGUCUUUUAUGAUUUACCUGCUCUCUUUGGGAAAUUAAAAAGUUUGCCAAGUGUAAUAAUUCUACCAUUUAGAAUUAUCUGGGAAACAUUUUGCAAUAAGAUCUGGUCAUGUCCCUGUUAUACUUUUUGUGUUAUUAUCAAUGUAAGUAAUUGUCCAGAUUUUUGAAAAGUCAUGUUUGGAAGAGCAUGCAAGAGAGAAAAUUCAAAAUAAGGCUUCAGAAUUUUGUUUAGAAUAUUAAAAUAUUCUUUGAGGCUGGGGGAGCUGAGUUGUUUUUGAUAAUCUUUAUUUGCCUCUGGGGAAAGUACUUUUGAACUAUCAACAACAUUGGGUACUGGGACAAAUAUUAAGAUGAAUAUCAGUGAAAAAAAAAAAGGAAAAAGGUCUCAAAGGAUUGCACCAAAAAAUCACACAGCUGUGUAAUGUCAUUUUAAUAAAAGGCAUUUUGUGAGUAGCUUUAGAGCACGGACUUGUGGUGCUGAGAAUAGUACUUUCAUCCACAAAGUUCAAAGCACACUAAGAAAUCAAGAAAAUAAUAGUUAUCCCAUUUCUCAGGUAGCAAAAUAGAAACACAGCCACUUAGAUAUAUUCAAAUCUCAAUAGAAGACAUUUGUGUUAAGUUUAUGUACAGCAAAAGUGACACUUUGAUCACUCAGACUGGUUUGAACUGAAAGAGAGAAAAAGUUUUGUAUGAAAACAAUGUCUGGCUGUUGAUUCAGUCAUGACGAGUUUCCUUAGAAAAGCCCUAAAUAUUUUAGCUUGAGCCCCUUACAAAAUAGAGAUGGUCUGCUUGAGCUAUAUCUGAAUGUACGUGCCUUUUGCUGAGGAAUUGAUAAAAGGGUAUGUCCCCAACAUGCAAUGCCUUGUUCUCCACGUAAGUGAUGGAAAAAAAAAAUAAUUCUGAGACCUGAUCCCGAAGACUUUACAAUCCAGGCUGCCCUGACAGAGAACUCUGAACUUGGCAAGGGACGAUCUCCUCUUAAGUGCCUUGAACAAUAUUUUGUCUUAUUAAUUAUACAGGGAACUUGGCAUUUAAUUAAAGGCAUCUUGAAGUGACCUCAAAUGAAAGUGCAAGCUAGGUAGGUAGGACCCCACAUCCUGUAUUGCCUUGUAGACCUUCAAUGAUGCUGUGUCAAGGGUCUGUAUUUAGCAUAUUAACUUGGACAUAUCCUUUAGUCUGUAUUUCAACUUUCAGUUGUGUGGGAAUUUUUCAUAUCAGAUUUUGAGAUCUUGAUUUGUUUCCUUCAUACAGGUCUGUAUCUGCAAAAAAAUGACAUUGACCCCUGUUGGAAUGCACAACUUGCAGUAUGAUUUUGCUGUUAAAAAAUAACAACUUGUGGUAUGCUGGGCAUUGGUGCAGUUGAGACAUAGGUCACAAGACCCCACUACUUUGUCAUUCAUUCUCCAGUGUUUUGUGUGUAUAUACUGUUUUGAUUGAUAGCAGAUAUAUCAAACUCAUAUGAUAUGAAAAAAAACUUUAAGUUUUUUGCAGUGAGUUCAAAAUCUGAGUUGGUGGUAUUGCUGUGGAAUUCAACUGGAAAGAAAACACUGUGUAUAAUCAAACAGAGACUGGUACAAGGGAAGAUGUUGAUGCUUCCUUAUGGCACACUGUUUAUGUUAAAACAUGGCCAAAGUAUUUGUCAGUAUUUGACUGACUCUGGUCAGUCAGCUCUUUUGUUUCAGAAUCAGUCACACACAACAAAUCCUCUCUAAUAAAGGUGUUGCAAAGCUUCUAUUUGCUGUUAGCAGAGAGUUCACUACCACAACAUUGACAUAUCUGAGCAGCAGACAAAUGGUGGGGGUUAAUUAGGAUUUGUAUUUGAUAUGGAAAUGCUGCUCUGAUUCCUUAAGAGGCUGCUGUGUCAUUAGCAAUGUACAGCAGUGCCUGAAGGCAAGCAUCUCAAGUUGGGUCCCUUGGUUAAUAAAAAUUUAAGGGGAGAAAAAAAGCAAGGGGAGAAAUAAUAAUAAUAAAAAAAAGGUAAACAUUAAUUAAAAACAGAAGUUGGCCUGCACUGGAAAGCCAGAUGAAUGGCAAAAAUGAUGCAAGGGAAUUUGUAUGAACACAGAAGAGAAUCUGUGGCCAUCUUGUGUCCUCCAUCUACAUAUGAGCAGUGUUCCAAUUUUUCACACCGUUUCACUUGUAUGGUCAUGACGGAGUUUUCUGAAUCUUUAGAAGAUGCUUUGAGUUACCGUGGUGGAAUCAAAGAUAGGGUGGCUGAGCUUGUGAACAUGGCUUAAUGAUCAGUGCAUGCCACCAGAUCCUCACCUAGAGAUGGGCCCUGGGCUGACUCAGACUUGGGGACCUGGAGAAAUACGCAAACUGCAGUGUCCUGCCUGGCUGUAGAAGCCAUGCAGGGGGAGAAGGAAAGGAGCCACAUGCCCAUGAGGAAAGGUGGGAGGCCUGUGGAAGAAAGGACAAUGGGUAGACGGAGUGAACAGAUCAGUCAUUAGAACAUAAUGGGGAAGGAGGCUUUCACUUGCUCUGAAAUUGAUUUUAAAAAGGCCUUACAAAGCCCAACAGUACAUCUGUCAGAAGAGAGAAAGCUUCUUUCUCUCUUUCCAACACAAACUUGGUUUUGAUGCAUUUAAAGCAGAUGUAUAUGCCAGGCCUGAAUUGUCUCUGCUGCUGUUGUUUCCAUGAGGGUGUUGGAUGUGAGUAUCACAUAGCACGCAGGAACUGCAAAGCUCAUAUUCACAAACCUGUUCAGAGGCAGAGAAGGAAGAGAUGUGCUCCACAAGUUCCUGCUAUGGAGGUAAUUCAUUGGAGAAUUCAGCACUUGUUUGGAUUAAAGUCUGUCUUACCGUGACAUCCGUAUCUGCACCUCCUCUGUGCGAAAGCUGUGUUUUAAGUGGUGUGGGGACCCCCCCAAAUGCACCUUGGUGUCUUGUGCUAAUUAUGCAACCUUCAUGCUGUGGCUGGUGAUAUGUUCUGUGUCUUUAAACAGGUUUGCUGGUGAUGUUAAUAGUAGCCAUUAGUUACCAAGAGUGGAGACGAUUAAAGAAAACUGACAAUUUUAAGCAUUCACUUACAUCUAAAAAUACUAAAUUGGUGAUUAUUACAAGUAAUGCCUAAGAUUAUAAUAACAUAAAAGGGUUUCAGGGUUUGGUUGCACUGUAUCAUUGACAGGACAUAUUGCAUAAUCACUUUCCCUUAAAUAUGUUUUUUCCUGAGGUUCAUAUGCAUCUUUCAUGCAUCAGUGGCCGAAGAAGCUAAAAAAUAGAAAUUGUGAUUCUAAAACUAUGAAUAUAUUCAGAGGGGCAUAUGCAGAAUACCUGACAGUUUAAAAAAAAAAUGUUUUGCAGUUAACUAUUUUUCAACUUGACAAUAAUGUCACUUUAAAAUCAGUUGGCUCUAGCUUUUUCAUCCUGUGGACUCUUGUGUGAAAUGCAUCCUGCAAAACUUUCCCAGAUUUGCAUCCAUUCUUCUCUUACCCCCUUGCAUUGCAGAACAUUCUGUUUUCUGUACAUAUCUUAUUCUGUGAACAACUGGAGAAAACUAUAAAAGACAAACAAACAAAAAAAAAUACAACAAACAAAACACUAAUGAUCUGCAGACUGGAGCUUGAGAAUUGCUGUUUAAAAGUAUUUCCCUUACAGAAAUCUCUGGUAACAGAGUGAAAUGGGAAAGGAGAGCAGUGGCUGACCUCCCCAUAGAGGAAUACAAGAAAGAUUCUGACUAGAAGUCCACAAAGGUCUAGAUAGACAAUCACCUGAGACAGCUCUUGCGAUUUAGAUGUUGCCUUUCUGUGACUGUUAAUUAUCACUCUUCAGCUGGGGAUCACUGCCCCAACAUGUUAGCAGCAGUAGAUUAUGGAAGUACUCCUGUUCCAAUGAAUGCUGUGCACAGCUCACACUGACUGUUGGUUCUCCUCUCAUGCACAUAUAAAAUAUUCAUAUAAUCUAUUAAAACAACUCUGUUAUGAGAAUAGUGAUUAACAGCUAGUCAUGGCAACAUCUGAAACUGCAGUAGCUAGAUUGCCUAUCUGUGCCUUAAGGCUCUCAUGAUCUUAGUACUUGCGUAGCAGCAAACCACUGAAUAAAUUUUUUUUGCAUGCAACUAUCUACUUUGGAGCCUUACAGAAAAUGCUAUAGCACCGUAUCAAGAAUUGAAAAAUUACAGAAGUAAUUUUGAAACAGCUCUUGUAUCCUCAGGAUUAGUUUUGUUUGUUCGUUUCUAAUUCAGUAUUAUUAGGACUCAGGGGGUCUGAGAUCUGUAAAGCCAGGAUGAGUCUAUCAAUCAUGUUCUCUCUAUGUAUAUUUUCAAUAAGUAUUCUCUUUUCAAAACUUGUUGUCAGUAUGAAUUUCAUUAUUGGACCUGGUAAGAUUGUUAAUUUUGGUCUGUUGUGUUCCAACAUGAAAUCAGAAGAUUAAGCAACUUUGUGAAAUAUGUCACUCUUUAUAUUGUAUAUUUAAAUAUCAUCAGUUCUCUGUGAUCAAUGGGCUGCUUUGGAGAGUACUACUACUUUUAAUCAUUGUUGGAUACUGAGGAUGAAUGACAUUCUGUUAAAUAAAAUAUGACCAAAUGAAAAUUAAAA